CGCCGCUGACGUCACCGCCGGCGCGACGCUGCGGGGGCGACUGAAGGUGACGGUGGUCCCGGUGGUCCCGGUGCCGGUGUCCGCCCCGCCAUGGCCGCCCGGCAGCUCCUAGCGCUGCGGCGCCUGCCCGCCGCCUCCUUCUCGACGGCGCCCAAGAAGACGCAGUUCGGGUCGCUGCGGGACGAGGACCGGAUCUUCACCAACCUCUACGGGCGGCACGACUGGAGGCUGCGGGGGGCCCUGCGCCGCGGCGACUGGUACAAGACGAAGGAGAUCCUGCUCAAGGGGGUGGACUGGAUCCUCGGUGAGAUCAAGACCUCGGGGCUGCGGGGUCGCGGCGGCGCCGGUUUCCCCACCGGCCUCAAGUGGAGCUUCAUGAACAAGCCCCCGGACGGCAGGCCCAAGUACCUGGUGGUGAACGCGGACGAGGGGGAGCCGGGCACCUGUAAGGACCGGGAGAUCAUGCGCCACGACCCCCACAAGCUGGUGGAGGGCUGCCUGGUGGCGGGACGCGCCAUGGGCGCCCGCGCCGCUUACAUCUACAUCCGCGGUGAGUUCUACAACGAAGCCUCCAACCUACAGGUGGCCAUCCGGGAAGCUUACGAAGCCGGGCUGCUGGGACGGGAUGCCUGCGGCUCGGGGUACGCCUUCGAUGUCUUCGUGGUGAGGGGUGCCGGAGCCUACAUCUGCGGGGAGGAGACGGCGCUGAUCGAGUCCAUCGAGGGCAAGCAGGGCAAGCCGCGCCUGAAGCCCCCCUUCCCCGCCGACGUGGGUGUUUUCGGCUGCCCCACCACGGUGGCCAAUGUGGAGACAGUGGCCGUAGCCCCCACCAUCUGCCGGCGCGGGGGCGCCUGGUUCGCCAGCUUCGGGCGGGAGCGCAACUCGGGGACGAAACUCUUCAACAUCUCGGGUCACGUCAACAACCCCUGCACCGUGGAGGAGGAGAUGUCGGUGCCUCUGAAGGAGCUCAUCGAGAAGCAUGCCAGGGGUGUCCGUGGGGGCUGGGACAACCUGCUGGCUGUCAUCCCGGGGGGUUCCUCCACGCCGCUGCUCCCCAAGUCGGUGUGCGAGACCGUGCUGAUGGACUUCGAUUCCCUGGUGCAGGCGCAGAGCGGGCUCGGCACGGCCGCCGUCAUCGUCAUGGACAAAUCGACCGAUGUCGUUAAAGCUAUUGCUCGCCUCAUCGAGUUUUACAAGCACGAGAGCUGCGGGCAGUGCACCCCGUGCCGGGAAGGCGUCGACUGGAUGAACAAGGUCAUGGCGCGGUUCGUGCAGGGCAACGCGCAGGUGGCCGAGAUCGACGCGCUGUGGGAGAUCAGCAAGCAGAUCGAGGGCCACACCAUCUGCGCCCUGGGCGACGGCGCAGCCUGGCCCGUGCAGGGCCUCAUCCGCCACUUCCGACCCGAGCUGGAGGAGAGGAUGCGGCGCUACGGGGAGGCCAAAGCCCGAGCGGCAUCGGCGUAAGGAGCCAGCGGUGGAGCAAGGGCUGCCGGCAGCAGUGACCCUGCCCUGUCCUGCCUGGGGUGGCGGUGGGGCACUUCUUGGGGGUGCGGGGCUUCUCACAGCUUUUUGUGGGGCUGUGUUGAGGGGUCCCCGAUAAACGCUGCUGUGCUCA